GUUUGUUGUUACCAUUCCAGUUUUCUCAGUCCCAGAAAAAGAAACCCACUCUACUUUUCUAGCUUCUCUCUUCCUCUCUCUCAUCCCCAUUACUGGUUGCGGAAAAAAUAAGAUGCUCCACUUUUUCCAACAGCUUUUAAUUUGAUGGGUGUUUGAUUAUAUGGGAAAAAGGUGUAAUCUUUGAGGCACAUUCUUGAAAUGGAAAGUGGGAAGAAGGCAGAAACCCUAGAGGAGGGUUUGUUGGAGUCGAAAUUUAGCCAGGAGGAUAUAUUUUCUAGUGAAUAUGGGAGCUUUGUUGGUUUGUUAAGUGGUGUAAAUGAGAAGUGUGUGGGUGAUGGUUGUGGGAGUCGAAAUGAAUUAAGCAAUGUGGAGUUAGCAAGACUGUUUGGUGAGGGGGUUGAUGGUGUUGCUGGAUAUAAUGGGAUGAGUGAAGAGUCUGUGUACGGUUAUCCCGAUGAAAAUCCGUUGGUCUCAUUGCAAGGGAAUGGUGUGCAAGAUAAUGAUGUUUUGGUGUUUAAAGAGGAGUUGGCAAUAAGUGGGAACGAUGGGGAUCGGAGUGUGAAGGUUGAGGAGGAAUCUGUGGGAAAAUUAGGUGAAACUUUAUAUUGUGAUGAACCUUUUCACAAAGGGGAGAUUGAGGCGCCUGUGGAAACGUGUGGUGAUGUAUUGCUCCCUCAUGAUCCCGAUUCUUCAAUAAAGAUAGAAGCUUUUGGUCACUUGGAUGGAAUUUCUGAUGAUGAUUUGGACCAACCCGGGAAAUGCAAGUCUGGAGAGAGUGACUUCAAGCAAGAUUUCUCGCCCGAUGAUAAUGGCACCGUCUCUACUGGUGUUACAGAUUUGAGAUCCAAGUCUGAAGGGAGGGGAGGCAUUAUUGGUGAACAAGAACGCAUGUUUGAUAAUGGUGAUCUCGUAUGGAUUAAAACCCGAACUCAGUCAUGGUGGCCUGGUAUGGUAUGUUGUCCUUCCACGGCUAGGAAUGAUAUGGCAAAGCGCAGCUGCCUUGUUAAAUACUAUGGCAAUUCAAGUAUUGUUUGGUGUGACAUUGCAGACUUAAGGUCUUUUGUUGAUUACUUUGAACAGAUAUCGGGGCAAAAUAACUCCAGAAGUUUUUUAAGUUCAGUUGAGAGGGCUAUUUGUGAGAUUGGGUUGCGUGUGCAGUUAAAGAUGACUUGCCCGUGCUUUCCAAAGGACAGUGCAGUUAAAGAAGAAAAUUUGAUAUCAACGGAGAAAGCAAGCAUGAUUGACGUUGGGUCAUUAUCUCAGUUCCAGCCUGCAUCAUUUGUUGCAGAAAUCAGGGAUCUCGCCCGAUCUAUGCAUGCACCUGGUAAAAUUGAGUUGAUGGUCAUGAAGAAUCGUUUGUCACCAUUCUAUCGUUCCAUGGGACAUUUUGAGUUGCCUCUGCAGCUGCUCAUGUCAGAUGUGAAAGAUGAAAACGCUACGGAUAUGUUUGGAGAUGGUAGAAAACCUGUGGAAGCCAACGAUGGAAAUAUUACUAAAACCAGGAGGUAUGUGAAGAGGAAGAAUCCUGAUGAUAAAUUAACUUCCUCAGCUAAAGGCAUGGAAUCGCGGGAAAGGAAAAAGAGCAAAUUUUUAUCUUAUCCAUAUGUGGAUAUAAUCAAGGGGCAGGAGAAAGAGGAUCUGGUGCCAAGCUCUGGCCCGGAGGGUGGUUGCAGUGGCAUGGAUUCGCGGAAGAGAGGCACAAAGAAACCUUCCAAGGAACGUCAUAUAGUCAGCAAAGCAGACGACAUUAGUGCUUCUUCAGCCGAAUUGCUAGCUGAACUAUCUGCUUUAGCUUGUGAUUGUUCUUAUAUAAGCAGAAGUAAGUAUUCUGAUUCGCUCAAUAGGUUCUAUUGUAGUUUCAGAAUGUUUGCAUUUCUAGACGCUGAUAUUGCCUCUAAGGCUGGUGGGGACCAGCCGGCACUAGUUCUUGAAGCUGGCGAGCAAAUGGAAGGAAGUAAAGUGUUGAAAAAAUCGAAGAAACAGAAGGCGAACACUGCAUCUGCCAAAGAGAGUGUAGAGAAUGUCGUAGAUGGAAAUCAGAAAGUGCAGGAUAAUGUUGUUCGAAAGAGGGUUAGGAAAAAGAAGGUGCAAGUGGCAAAUUCUGUGGAACAGAUGGAAGGUAUUCGAGUUGGGAAAGAAUCUGAGAACCAAGAAGCGAUCCUUGCACCGAGCAGUUUAGAAAAUGCUGCCAAAACAGAAAAUCUGCAAGCAAAAGAGAAUGCCGUGUAUAUGGAGACAAACAAAGAGAAAGAGAAAAGCACACCAGCUGGUUUGCAGUCUGUACAAAAUCCUUUGCCAAUCAUUUACCCGAAUAGCUCUUGGAUGAUUAACUUCCAGCAGGCUUGCUCGAGUUUAUUCAAAAGCAGCAAAGCUCCCCAGAAUAGCAUCGGAUCAAUUCCUGGGCUACCUGAUACAAACUCGAUUCCUAUAUUACCAGAUUUGAAUGGUAUCCAUCCAGGCUUUCCCCCUGAUCAUAUACCGAUUGGAGUACCUACAUCAAAUCAAGUUACUCCCGUUGAUCAUAUACCGUUUGGAGUGCCUACUUCAGAUCAUAUACCGUUUGGAGUGCCUACUUCAAAUCUAGUUACUCCUUUACCAGAACAGAAGAAGGAAGGAUUAGUCUCUCCUGCCAUAAAUGGUCUUCACCACAUAAACCUUGCCUCCGAUUCAUCAUCCAAGGAUGUAGCACCAGCCUUCCAAAACACUCCGGUAUCCAAUAACGGGGUGAAUAGCAUUCGUCAAUGUCUAGUCAGGGAUUUUACAGCCCGAGCACCGGAACCUCUUACAAUGAGCUCAUUUAUCAAGCACUCACUUCAGAUGGGAAGCUUUCUUUCUUCUGGUAAACCCGAACCUAAGAAACGAAGGAGAAAGGAGAAGGCUAGCUGUGAAGUAGCUCCAAGUAUCCCGGAUUUGAAUGGUAACGUGUUGGAUACGAGCCCCUUAGGAACAGCCACACCCGAGGGGUGUCAUAUUCCGCCUGAAGGUGAACCUCAGAGAAAGAGGCGAUAUAAAUGCGACAGUGGUGAAUCGGAUGGUGGCAGUGUUCUUCUAAACUUUGCCCAGGGAAGCGUGCCUCCGAAAGAAACGUUGGUAGCUACGUUUUCCAGAUUUGGAUUGUUGAAGGAAUCUGAGCUCGAGUUUCUAAGUGAUGAUAGCGUCAAGAUUGUGUACGAGAGAAGCUCCGAUGCUAGGUUUGCAUUUCGGAGUUUGGAGAAGAGCUGCGCAUUUGGAGAAUCACUCCUGAAUUUCAGUCUUGACAGCAGCAUGCCAGAGCCCCCAAAGAUGAAGAAGAAGCAAACUAAUCCGCAGCUGCAAACCUUUGUGCCUGUGGCCGUGGGAGCAUCCAAGAACCGAACCACCAAGAUUGGGGCGGUGCCUGACAUCGCGUCCAUCAAGCAGAACGUGGAAAUGAUGAGGUCGACUCUGGAGAAAGCAGGCAACAGUCUCUCUCAGGAGAUGAGAGCCAAGCUGGAGAAUGAGAUCAAAGCUUUUCUUGACAAAAUCAGCUCCUCUUAGUAAGUUUAGAAGUUUUGAAUAAACCUUGUAGUGUGGUUAUGGCCAUUUUCCACAUUGGAGGGUGGGGGUUGAGAACUUGAGAGAAGGGGAGGUUUUUUUUAUGCUGCUAGUAUUUUUUGAAUUUGGUAGUUUGUUGCUUUUCCCUCUCCAUUAUCAACCCUCAAAAAUCUGUUGGCUGUAGUAAUAUUAAUUUUAUUGAAAUAUUAGUUGGGUAAAUUCUUGUUCUUGAUUAAUGAUUUGAAGUAUUA